UCUCAAAUGGCACAUCUUUUCUUACGUACAGUUGAAAGCAAUUGCAUGAAACUGACACUUGCAAGAAAUCCUCUUCCCUCUGCUUGCUAUAUACAUAGGAAGUGCUAGGAACAGACUAUAGAUCCCCAAAAAUGGACUACUUUACGCUAUUAGCGCUGAUACUUUCCUUUGCAUGGACAUGCUUUCAUGUCUUCAUGACCACAGGUCUGCGUGGCCGCCGGAAGUCCAGCCCUGCCAUGUUGCCUCCUGGUCCUCGCCCUCUCCCAAUAGUUGGCAACAUAUUUAAACUCGGCAACAAACCCCACCAAGCUCUAGCUGAUCUCUCACAGACUUAUGGUCCCAUAAUGACACUCAAACUAGGAGACAUAACCACUAUAGUCAUGUCUUCUCCAUACACUGCCAAAGAAGUAUUACACAAACAUGACCGAGCCUUAUCUGACCGAGCAAUCCCUGCAGCUGUCCAUGCAAAGGAUCACCACAUCAAUUCAAUGGUUUGGUUGCCCCCGGCAGCUCAUUGGAAGAACCUUAGGAAGGUAAGUGCCAUGCACAUGUUCACAGCACAGCGGCUAGAUGCCAGUCAAGCACUUCGUCAGAAAAAGGUGCAAGAGUUGCUGGAUUAUGUGCUUGAAAGUUGCAGCAAAGGCCAAGCUGUAAAUAUUGGUCAAGCUGUAUUCACUACUUCCCUUAAUCUAAUCUCAAACACCUUUUUCUCUAUUGAUCUAUCACACUAUCAUUCUGAGUUUUCCCAAAGUUUCAGUGACAUAACACGGGGUGUAUUAGAAGAUGUUGGAAGACCUAAUUUUGCAGACUAUUUUACCAUCCUUCGAGUUAUUGACCCACAAGGUUGCCAGAAACGGGUGAAGAAUCACUUUGAGAUACUACUUCAUAUUUUUGAUGGUAUCAUCAACAAAAGGACACAGUCAAGUGAUGUUUCCUCCACGUCCACUACGGCAAGCAAAGAUUUACUUGAUUCCCUCCUCGUUCUUGCCAAAGAUCGUAAUUCUGAAUUCAGCUUGCUUGAUCUUAAGCAUAUGCUUCUGGAUUUUUUCAUUGCAGGUACCGACACAACAUCAAACACAUUAGAAUGGGCAAUGGCCGAGUUAUUACGCAACCCUGAAAAAUUGGCAAAGGCUCAGACUGAACUCAGAAAAGUCAUUGGUAGGGAUGAAAUAAUUGAAGAGUCUAACAUCACAUCGCUCCCUUAUCUACGAGCAGAAAUCUGCGGCUUCAAUGUGCCUAAAAGUGCACAGAUACUAGUCAAUAUAUGGGCAAUGGGUCGGGAUCCAAAUGUGUGGGAAAAUCCAAAUUUAUUCAUUCCUGAAAGAUUUUUGGAGGUUGACAUUGACACCAAAGGUCGAGAUUUUGAGCUCCUUCCUUUUGGAGGUGGCAGACGAAUUUGUCCCGGAAUGCCAUUGGCUGUGAGAAUGCUGCAUUUGACGUUGGCUUCUCUUCUCCAUUCCUUUGAUUGGAAGCUUGCUGAUGGAUUGAAGCCAGAGAAGCUGGACAUGUCUGAAAAGUAUGGCAUUACAUUACAAAAGGCCCUUCCUCUCCUGGCUGUCCCUAUCCAAGUAUGAGACUAGCACAAGAUUUUACUUUAUAUUCUAAAUGGCAAUGCAUGUGUGAUGAAUAUACUUUAUUUGGCAAAGUUAUCCCCUGUGAGUAGUCUUAAAUAUUAACUGCCUUUUCCCCCA